AUGUCAAGUAUUCUUCCAAAGGAGUUGCAGCAAGAAAUCUUUGAAAGAUUGCCUCUGAAAACUCUAUUGCGAUUUAAAUCUGUAUGCAAAACAUGGUACUAUGUUUUCUCUCAUCCUCUUUUUGUCAAAAUGCACCGUAUUCGUACUAUUAAGAAAAAUAACACUAAAUUAGUUAUGGUGCACUACUUGAUUGGUGAAAAUAAACGCAGUGCAAUCUACCCAAUGGAAUUGGAGUAUAAUUCCUUAUCUUCAAAAUUAUCACCUUCAACAGGUUCCCCUUUUGGCGAGGUUGUUGAGAUGGAUUACUUGAACCUUCCUUCAGAUUCUUUUGCUCUUUUGGGUUCUUGUGAUGGUUUGAUUUGCUUAUUAGACACUAGUCUUCCUAGUGGCGAGGAUGACAUUUGCUUUUGGAACUUAUCAACCAAGGAAUACAAGAAGAUACCUGUUCCACCAUAUUUCAAAAAGAGUAAUACGGAUCAGGGUUUAUAUGGGUUAGGUUAUGAUGACAAAAUAGAUGAUUUCAAAUUGGUAAGAGUAGCUGAAAUUCUUACGCCUUGUACUAGAUCUGAUGACGGACACGUAUUUGAGGUAUCAAGGUUCAGGCCAAAAUCUAAAGUUCUGAUCUCUUGUUUCAAAUCUCAUUCUGUGGUUCAGAUCUACACAUUAGGGUCAAAUUCAUGGAGAUUCUGUCAGUCUCAAGAGAUGCCUUACUACUUCCCUGGUGGAACAGUACCUGGGGUGGUUGUUAAUGGAGCUCUUCAUUGGUGUGCCACGAACAAGCGUGAUAACUGUGAAGCUAUAAUAUCUUUUGAUAUGACGAACGAGAUAUUCAAGGAGGUUGCAAAAAUAGGAUCCAUGCUACAUCCUAUAGGCCAUGUUAGUGAUUCUGAUACCAAUCAUCUGGCUGUGUUAGGAGGGUGUGUUUGCGUACUGCAUAAAACUUAUGAUUUUAAAGUCGACGUAUGGGUGAUGCAGGAGUACGGAGUAAACCAAUGGACAAAGCGUUUUACAAUUACCCAAAAGUCAAUUGCCAAAACCAGGCGUUUGAGAAUAGUAUGCGAGUUUCAGAACAAUGAGAUUGUUUUCGACACUGAUGAUUCUUUAGUAUAUUAUGAUCCAAAUGAUAAUACAGAGAAAAAACUGAAGAUUCCUGGUACCCAAAUCUUAUGUGGAGCGGAGGAAUAUGUGCCCAGCCUAGCACCACUAGCCACUAGGUUCUGGUAA